UUCAAGAACUACGGACGUUUCACACGGCGCUCGCUGGUGGCGCGUGCUACACAAUUGAGUAACGACGGGCAAGGGGAAUUUCAGCAAAAUAAAAACAAAAAAAAAAAAAAAAAAAAAAAAAAGAAUAAAUAAAUAAACCCAAAACGAACCAAACAAAUACGGAACACGGAACAACACAACUAACUAAAUGAAUAUAUUAAAUGGCAAAUAAGUAAAUAGACGACACGCACACACAUCAAAUCGACAAACAAAAAAAGAACACACGCAGAUUUGAGGAGAAAAUCAUCACAAUUGUAACAACAACUGAGUCAUUAUACAACUCGCCAGCGCCAGCCAGUAAACGAAAAACUAAAAUAAAAACAGCCAGGAGCGAACCCGCAUGUAUAACCAGCGUCAGAAAUAAGUUAAUAUUAUCAUCGCGUCGAAUCGGCACCGAAAUUAACAUCAGUGCCCCAUUAGCAGCAGCAGCAUCUGCAGCAGCCACCCAGUUACAUCGGUGCCGACACACAUUUCAUAUACAUAGUUGCACGGCCUUGAAAACGAAAUUAAUGGUUCUAACCAAACGCACUCGGAUUGCCAAAACCAAAGAGAAACGAGAACGAAAGAUAUAACCGCAAAAGGAGAGAAAUUCAACUAAUUAUAGCAACUAAAGAACGUUCUAUAUAGGUAAUGCCCAUUGCCGAAUAAGUAGUAGCCGGGGACUAAACAUAUAGACUCGGAUAUGCUUUGUAAAUACAACAUUAAUCAUAUUUAGGAUCUAGACAACUACGCUUAUAACGACAUCUGAACCGGAGCUGAAGUCGAGAAGUAUUCACCAAACAGUUAUUGUACACACGCGAAAAACCAAAAAAAGUAAUAAGCCCUCCCCACCAAAAAUAAGUAAAUAGCCAACCAGCCAACCAACUAGAAGAUAAGCAAUCCAAAGAGCAAGGAUAAUAGAAACCGGCAUACAUAUAUAUUGAACAAACUAAAAACGCUCAACCCAACAAAAACAAAAAAAAAAAAAAAAAAAUCACAAGUCAGUAUUCCAAAUUUCUAUCAAUGUGCGGAUGAUCCACAGGAAAAAAGAAAACGCCGACCACUGGGCAUCAGCUUGAAAGAACCACCACCACCAACACCACCAUCCGGGGGCAGCACCCAGAGCCGGGAUCAACGGCCGGAGUCCUUGACCGAACCACCUAGCAGGCCAGAGCAACGAGGAGCAGAGCGACGAGGUGCCAAGAUGCAUAUUGAAAUUCAGGUGGCUCUGAACUUCGUCAUAUCCUAUCUCUACAACAAGCUGCCGCGCAGACGUGUAAAUAUAUUCGGCGAGGAGCUUGAGAAGGCGUUGCGCGACAAGUUCCAGGGACACUGGUACCCAGAGGUGCCCUUCAAGGGUUCUGCCUAUCGUUGCCUAAAGACUGGCGAUCCUAUUGAUUCGGUGCUGGAAAGGGCUGCCCAAGAAAGCGGUGUACCGAUCAGCGAUGUCCUCGAGAACUUGCCCAAUGAGCUGUCCGUCUGGGUGGAUCCGGGGGAGGUUUCAUUUCGCAUUGGCGAGAAGGGAGCUGUAAAGAUACUCUACACGGAAAACAAUGACAACCACGAGGACAGCCACUCGGCUGACCGCGAGGUCACCUCGACUUUCAAUCCAGAGGCACAGUGCUUCAGGCCCAUCGAUGCGGUCAACACAACCAUGAACAAUCUGAGCUUAAGCCCCAAGGCUCUGCCGCUGGCACUUCCCUUGGCAUUGCCCCAGACGGGGUCCUCGCCCCACUCGGCUGCCUCCAGCUCGCCCACCUACAAGGGUAGCCCCAAUCCCACGAUCUCCGGCAGCUGCAGCUCUGGCUCCGGCACCGGUUCCGGUUCCGGUUCGACCAUGUGCUCGGUAUCGGGCUCUGGUCCCAGUACCGGCACCACUGCCGCGACCAGUACUGCAGCUGCGGCCUUCACACAGCGCGCUGCCCAGGCGCCGCUGACCUUCACGACGGCUACCUUUGCGCAGACCAAGUUCGGCAGCACCAAGCUGAAGACCAGCUCCAAGCGCGCCAAUAGCAGUGCCUACCGGAUGUCGCCCACUGAGUUCUCCAACUACAUCAAACAGCGGGCCAUACAACAGCAGCUGCACCACGGCCAUAGCGUCAUCUCGUCCGCGGGCUCAGUUUCCGGCUACGGCACCUUGGAUGCCGUGUCGCCGGCCCGCUCCCUCUCGCCGAAUCCCCUGUAUUUGGGCGGUGGCCAGUGCACAGGAUCCGCCGGAGGCGGUGGUGGCGGCGGCGGUGCUGAUUCCUCCUUCUACUACCCGAACAUGGCCCUCGGGCUGUAUCCGCAGUUUAGUCGCAGCCUCUUCGAUUCACACUUCAAUCCGGACGCAACUUUGGGUCUGUUUGGCAGCGCCGGAGGCUCCGUUGGUGGCGGCGGCGGGGUUAACAACAACUACAGUACUUACCUGGAGCCGUGCUACUUCCCUAACGGCCACCCCAACAUGCCGCCGUUCUGCCAGCUGCAUCUGUCCAACGGCGGUGGCUCUGGCAUGGAGCGGGCCAAUAGCAGCGAUAGCUGCUUCGGCCUGGACAUGGACUGCGGCAUGGUGGGUGGCGUGAAUGUCAAUGUCAACCUGGAUGAAGCUGCUGCAGCUGCAGUGGCCGUGGCCAUUGGAGGAGACUCCUCGCCGGACUCCUCGCCCGUGGGCACACCUACCAUGAGCGUAAUCUCGACUGGUGGCCAACACCAGCAACAGCAACAACAGCAGCAGCAGCAACAACAGCAGCAGCAGCAGCAGCAACAGCAGCAGCAGCAGCAACAACAGCAGCAGCAGCAGGCUCAGGAAGCCUCCACGGGCAAGCUGAUAGACGGUAUCAACUCCUUCUACGGCGCCAGCUCAUCCUAUCAGCAGCUGCUGGUUGCCAACUAGAGUUAGCAGGAGACAAGAGAAGGCUCCAACAACACGCAACCAUGAUAGCCACAGACACCAGAGGGGAUCCCACAGAGCCCAAACAGAAGCAGCCGAACCGAACUGAGCGUCUUCGCUACUCAAGUACUUGAACAGAUUGUUUUGGGCCCUGAAUUGUUACAGCGUUUUGAGAUUUUUUUGUUUUUCGUUACCUUUGCGGUGGAGUGAGAGUCCAAGUCCAGUGGAGGGCCCACAGAGAUUGGUCGUAGGACAUCACACAUAUACCUACAGACAAACGGAUAGUUCGCAACUGAAACAAGUCAUACUUUGAAGAACGAUACGAUGUCACAUUCACACCUGGCCAGAGACACGUACCACUGCGACACCCAACAACACCCAGUACACUCGGCAGUCCAGUGCUGAGAUGGCCCACAGCCAGUCCUCGGCGACAAUAUUUAUUUUGUUAUUAAAUUCUGCACAGUUGAAGGUGAUGUUUCUUUUCACACCGGAUGUACAUAUGGAAAUGUACAUAGCCGUAGGCCAACAUCAUCAUUACACCAAGCAAAGGCAAGGUGGUAGGAAAGCAAGAGCAAAAAAAAAACGCAUUGCAAAAGCUAAUUAAAAGGCAACAAACCAAUAAGCAACCACAAAAUGAAACCAUAAUAUUAUUUUUCUAUAUAUACAUCAUAAUAUUUAUAUAUAUAUGUAUAUAUAUAGAAAGAAGUCAACUAGAAUUUCUCAACUAAUUGUUUUUACUUGUUAUGCAUAUAUACAUAUAUAUACACAUAUAAAUAUUAUUAAUAAUCCAACUUUGGAUCAACUUUCGACAUUAAGUUUUUAAUUAGUUUGUAAACGUUUACUCUAAGAUCAUUUUUUAUAUCAAGACAAAGUUAAGAGAGUAAAAAACAUUGUUGAAUAUAUAGAGAGAAAAAAACGUAAAAAAAAACAAAAAGAAAAAGAAAAACAGAAAAAGACAACAACAACUUGCAUACCCUUGUUCAGCGCCAGAACAUCCGAGAACAUCCAGCUGACCCAAGUGUCUGACAAUGCCAUUUGUAGGGGAACCCCCAUAUCAUCACAAGUGCAUACAAUUCACAUAUUGGUUUGCUAGCAUUUUGUUUUUGUGGAUGAUACCCGGACUGUGAUCCCACAUCUAUAAAUUGUUCCAGAUUCUGGAUGAGUCGUCGUCGGAUCCCCUCCCCUUCCAUUUUUUUCUUUUUGCUCUUUUGCUUACCCCUAGAAGAGGCCGGGAUAUGCAAGCUUCAAAAGGAUGACGAAAAGUGAAGAGGGAGAAAAAACCACAGAAACAAAAAACAAGAAAAGAAAUCAACAACAAGAACAUAAGAAUAAAAAAAAACUAAACUUUCUUUGUGUGUUAUAUUGUAUGUAUUACUAUAUAUUUGACUUCGUACUUUUUUUUUAUAUGUAUGUAUAUCUAUUUUUAUAUGAACAUUUGUAAUUUUUAUAAAUCAACUAAAGUAAAAACAAUUUUAUACUUUUUAUAUGGGCUUACGUGAAAAUACCUUGUGCUGUAUGAACGUUUACUUUAAUGUAAAAACAAAAAACAAUGAGAGAAAAACAAGCAAACAAAAGAGCAUU